CUCAAUAAUUAUGCAGGUUGGGCAGAUCUGCACCCGAUUUGUGCAGCGACUCUUCACGUGAUCGUGACAGAUCAGGUGACUGAACAGGCCAUGCUCUCUGCCAGCCAAUCAUGGACGGCAAAUAACCAAGCACUGCCCGUUGCUGCUUCAACGCUCUUCAAAGUCAAAAGGUUCAAUUCAAAUCAGAGUUCAAAGCUUCCCAGCUAUGUAAUCAGCUAUGUAACAAUAGCAAGCUAUCAUGUGGUCGUGCCCCUCAUCUCCAGUUGGCUGGAUUCCCGGAGGAAUGGGCGAACCAUCCUCCAUCUUCCCACUCGCUCUCGAGCAUCAACCUUGAGACGCAUCUGUUAAAUAGCUUCGACAGUCUUGAGGACAUGGUUCAGCUUUCGCAGCUGAUUUCCAGAACCCUGCAGGUUGUUGUCGUCUUCAUUGCGAUUAUUCUUGCUCUUUUCUACAGCUCCCACAAGCCAGCAGAUCCCAUGGCAGACCCUAAGCAGUCGCCAAAGCCGUGGGCAGACGGCCCGCUGCCCCUGGUAAAGACACCAAUGUAUCAGACGGGCAAGGUCAGUAUACAAAUGAGAAGCAGUAGCGUUUCUUCCAGGCGAUUAUUGAUUGUGUAUCUGUGCCUUCCAGGAUGACGUCUUCACCAAAGGUGCAUCGCACAUGGCGCUCCUCCACAAUGCCAUCCUCCGCGGAUACAACACCAUCUAUCUUCAGGCACCCCACGUGAAGCCAGUCGAUUAUGCGGAUUUCAUCGGGUAUAGCCUUACAUGGUUCAACUUUGUCAAGAAACACCAUGAUGAUGAGGAAGCGGAGCUCUUCCCCAAGGUCGAGGAAAUCGUGGGUCAAAAAGGGGCAUUGGCCAAGGCCUACGAGGAACAUCAUACAUUCAUGGAAGGCCUCGUCAAAUUCCAUGACUACCUAGAACCUCUCUCGGAGCAAGGCCAGGAAACCCAAUUCAACGCAUCGACUCUUCUGUCAAUCAUGGACUCGUUCUCGGAAGCCUUCUGCCAUCAUUUCCAUUCUGAAAUUGCUACCAUCGCCGCGCUCUCGGAAACGAAGACUGACAACAAGGAUCUUGCAGCUACCGUUGGUCCUGUGUUCUCCAAAUGGGGCAAGGCCUCCAUCAUGCGCGCUGGCCUCACUGACGUGGUGCCAUUCCUAUUCUUGAACUUUGAUCGUACCGCAGAGGAAGGCAAGUGGGCCAAUUGGCCCCCCAUGCCAGCUCCCAUCCGCUGGGGCCUGGUUAACGUCGGCGGGUUUUGGUACUCGGGCUGGUGGCGGUUCUCCAGCUGUGGAUAUGAUGGGAAGCCACAGACUCUCUACGCGCUGCGUGAGUGAGAGGAUUGAAAUACUCUGCGGGACGGUAUCUGUUUUUGGUGAUUGAGCUUCCUCUUGCUUUGAUAAUGUCAUGAAUUUUUAUAUAACGGCCCAUCUAUGGCCUCUUUUAAUCAGUACCUUCACAUUUCUGCAUUUGAAACUGUCUCACCGCGGAUUAUUCCUCGUC